CCAACUCUCGUUCGAUGCAAAAAACGCGCACGACGUAUUAAAAAAGUAUCGGAAUUUUAUAACAGAAACUCGUUCUAUUUAUAAAAUUCAAAAUGCGUACCGUUAUAUUUAUGGAAGUGAUUUGUUUUUUAAUUGUGAACGGCCAGGAACCCUGCUCUGAUGGAAAUAGUGUUGAACUCAAAAACGCUAAACAUUCUCGUGACAGCUUUUUAGAAUACGAUGGAGUAAGUUACCCACCAGAUCAAGUGUACGCGAGAAACGUUAGUGGUGAAAUUAAAACAUUUGGAUGUGUUUGUAACUAUAAGAAGUGUUUCAGAAAGUGCUGUCCCUUGGGACAAGUGCUUCUCAAAGAUCCUUACGGUAAAAAGUGUAUCAAUAGUUACGAUGUGGUUCUAGCGGAGGGUUUAAAUGUGUCGUACAUUAAUAAUUUUAAAAGGAAAAUAAACGUGAAUGAUACUGAUAAUUACAUGCUGUUGGAGGGGUUUCCAUGUGGAGGGGAUGUGUACAUGGAAGAUAGAGGGAAGUGGUUCGUACAAGAGGAUGGGCAGCUGUACGUCAAAGUGGAGUCAACCAUACCACCAUGGAUUCUGCAUGGUCCUGACUCAUAUUGCGUUGACACAUUCAUCUUUGAAGAUGAUACAGGCAAUAGAACGAGCAGCUUUGAUGCUCUCGUUUGCUUUGUAAUCGAAAAAGAUGAGGAGCAUUAUGUCAUGAAGUCUACUUGUAUGAUAAUAUCGUGCGUGUUCAUCCUGGCGACUGUGGCGGUGUACGGCUGGUUGCCCGAGCUGCGCAACCUGCACGGUCGCGUGUUGAUGGCGUACUUGCUCUGCUUGUUCGUCGGAUUCGUCGGCAUGGCAACCAUGCAGAUAUUAUUGAAAAUAGACAACAUUGGUGAACAAACUUGUCUCGGUCUGACGAUCAUGAUCUACUUCUCGCUGCUGUCUGCUUUCUUCUGGUUGAACGUGAUGUGCUUCGACAUUUGGUGGACGUUCAGCGGUAAACGCGGUAUGGGGGCGGAAAAUAUGUCAGUGCAAGCUAAAUUCACUGCGUAUUCGAUAUAUGCGUUUGGCUUCCCAACUGCUCUCACCAUUCUAAUGGUUUCUCUGGAGUUCUCUGGCCUUCCAAUACAUCCUCUACUACCAUUGUUGAGACACCAAGGAUGCUUCUUAGCUGGUAAAAGCAGAUUGCUGUAUCUGUACGGUCCGAUUGUAAUUCUUUGGUUUGCGAACAUGGUGUUCUUUGUAAUGACCGCGGUGAAGAUAACACAAAUCAAAAAACAAGUAUCUGUUCUGAAACGCAAAGAAAGUGCCAGACAUGAUAAACAUCAGAAAGAACAACAGAGGUUGCUUCUAUACGUCAAGCUGUUUAUCGUUAUGGGUAUCAAUUGGCUUCUGGAGGUAAUCAGUGCCCUCUACCCUAAGGCUGAUUAUAUCUGGCAAUUUGUAGACUCUUACAACGUCCUUAUUGGUCUCAUUGUUUUCAUUAUCUUCGUCUGCAAGCGUAAGAUCUUCAACCUAAUGAAAAAGAGGAUCAAAGAAGGUAUAUUUGAAAGAAAACAAGAAAUUGGAAACAUGACAAUGGACAAUAAACAUAAAAUUGUACGUGAUCUUAAAGAUUACAAGCACAGAGACAGCUUAGAUACAAUCCGAACUGGCUCUCCGGACAAAGACAGUAUUAAAACUGUAAAUAUAUGAGAAGAAUGGACGUCAAAUAAAACCCAUCGAUCUGUGUCUUAGUUUAGUAUUGAAUACUGUACAGUAAGAUAAGUUACUUUAAUGAGAAUUAAUUUACUAUGAAUCGGAUGAGAAAUUCUAAUAAAGAAACGAUUGAGGACAUACAAAAUGAAAUUAAUAGAUACAGUAUAUCAGAAGGAAGAAAUGAAAGUAAAGGUACAUGAAAUUGAGUUGGACAUUAAGGAGCUUAACAACUUAGGGCUUCGCUUUUUGUGUUAACUAACCCUUUGCGAAUAACACGAUGGCUAGACUGGAGGUUUCAAUAGAUUUGUAAACAUUUUUAUUAUUGAGAGAUUAGAAAAUAUUAAAUACUAUUUGUUUUU